GUACAUUGAGUGGGGGGAGGGGGGAUAGCCGCGCUAUGCUCACGGUGCUGGCGGCCUAUGCACAGGCAAGAGGCGCUCCUCCAUGCGCGCGUACAGGGAUGCGACAGGCGCGUGCAUCCUCCCCUCCCCCUGGCUCCCCUCCCCCUCCUCGUCGCUCACUUCGUCCCUCCUUGUUGCUCGCCUCGCCAAUCCUCGUCUCGCCUAUCCUCGUCACUCGCCACCUCGCCCCUCCUCGCCUCGCAAUCUUUCUCCCCCAGCUAUACCCUCGCCUGCCCUUUGUCCUGUGAUUAUAUGCCUGCUCGCGCCCCACCUCUGCCAGUAAAUGCACGGCGCACACUUCCCGUACUUAGUGUGGGCAAAGGUGGUAUGGGUGUGGUACGCGGUACAUGCGGUGACGGAGGCGGGAAGAAGCAGGCAGGAUCUGCCCCGC